AUGAAUGGUACACCAAAGAGUGCCUACGCCUCUGAGCUCGGCGACCUCUUGGCCCAGCUCCCCCUCAAUCAAUCCAACCAGUGGACAGAAAUCGAAGCCACUGCCCAGCAUCUCGCUGAUGAUCUUCGUGUGAAGGAUGUUGAACAGCAGACUGCGCUAGGCAAGACGCUCCUCCCGCAGACAAUCACCUCCCUUCUUAAGGGCGCCAUCAACGGCGCCUGUAUUCCGAGCCCAACAUGCAAGCCGGCUAUUCAUGAGAUCCUGCGGGUUGGUGCCAAUUUGUGCAGAGACCAUGACGAGAACAGGGGGUAUCUUCUGGAAGCCGGAUUCCCACAGACCGUGGUGUCGCUUUUGGAGGGUUAUGCAGAAUCUAUCCAACCCAAUCAGGCAGUACCUCUACCUCUGUCAAUACCGGACCUUAACGUUGUCAGAACAUCAAUCGGACUGCUCCUGAACGCCAGCAUAAGCUAUGAGCCGGUCAAGUUUCGUCUGAUCUCAUUGGAAGCUGCGAUGACCAUCCUUAAGCUAGCUAUGGCCAUUUACCCUCCAGGUUCCUGGUCGAGACCUCAACAAUUGUUCACGGAUGGAAUCUCACACGAGUCAGACGCCGCAACCUUGGAGUCCUGGAAUCUUCGAAGCAGUCUAUCGUCAUGGGCCUGGCGCGUCAUCUCUGAACUGAGAGGGGAUGCAGAAGACGAUCCUCAAGCGCAGUCGUUGUUCGGUCCAGAUGCUUUACCUUUUCUCGUGAGGCCUCUCAGCGCCUUCAUCCCGCCAUAUCCCUCGCUACCCUUGCUAUUCUCCAAUCCCUCUGUCCGUCAUGCCUUUGUGCAAGGGGACUUCGACGUUCUGAACGAAGUUUGUGGACUGUUGGAGUCGCUUUGCAUGGACGUCGAGGAUGUCCGGCUCUCCCUCGCUCGAGGACUCGUCUUUCCCGAUCGAGAGCAUAGCGGUGUAGCCUGUCUAUCCGACAUGCUCUCUUUCGUAGGUGAGGGUGAGUACCCGCCGUACUGGCAUCUUGAAUCUCCUGGCGAGCGGUCGACGAUGGAGAAGCGAUUUACUAUCUGCAAGGGCGCGGUUAUCAAGGCGGUGGUCGAAGUUGCUGGCGAAGAGAAGAACAUGAGCACGCUGUGGGACGACUCUGACACUCAGAGGCCUGGAGGCGUGUUCGUAGACAGGAUGGUAAGGUGGAUCCGGACACACAAGGGUCUGAAAGAGACGCAUCGUGAUGACCUGAUCAUAUGCGCCACGCUCAGCUUGGGCAAUCUUGUACGACGAGACGCACUUUCUAUGGCACUGGUCAACCCUCCCAUAUCGCUCUCUGCUGACUUGGCUGCCCUCCUUGAGCCGGAUACCGAUAUCAAGGUGAAACACGGGAUUGUAGGAUUGCUGAAGCACCUGGCUCAGCCGCAAGGCAACAGAGCAGUGCUUGGACAAGCUGGAAUCAUUCAAAAGCUUGCCUCGUCCCAGGUCUGGGGCGAGAAGUCGGACAUCGCGGUGAUCGUUCAAGGAUCUGCCAUUGGCGUGGUGAAGCACCUGUGCAACGGAAACGCUGAGAACUCCAUCGUUACUAUACUCCCGGAUGGUUCAAAUCGCUCGGCUAUGGAGCAGAUCCUAACUCUCACAUCCCGUUCUGACGAAAUUGCCGUGAAAAGCGAAGGCACGCGGGUUUUGGUCAAUGUGAUCAAGUCACUUUGGUCCAGUGAUAGAUCCUCCCUCGACGCAGAACGACGCCGAAGCGCAGUCAAUGCCGUCCUCACGCCAAAAUGUACCUCAGCGCUCGCGCGACUUGUCGGAAGGAGCAAGCGGUACCCCGUGCUAAUUAACGAAGGUGUAGUAGCAUUGUCACUGUUGAGCACGGAUCCGCACGGAGCUACGCUGGUCUUGGACGCGAUCAUGAACCCUUUGCCCAGCGAGGUGAUACUUCAACCACAAUCGCAGCCUAUGUCCGCAGCAACGAGCGAGGGCUCGCCGACUGGAGGCCCACGUCGUGCACUCGACAUGCUUAUCACCAUCCUCAAAGACGCUGAUCAAAGCAUGCCGUUCGAAAUGCGCGCCAAUGUGUGUGCAGUGUUGGCGCAUCUCGGUAGGAAGGGUGCUAUUGGCGAAGAGAGGGCAAGCGACGUUGCGAGAAUGAAGGACAGUACGCGGGAAUAUCUGGAGAGUGCCGCAAGUGGGUCUGACGGGAGUGCACUGUUGGUGAGCAGUGCGGCGAAGCGGGUGUUGGAGGCUUGGGCAUGA